AUGAGCGAAGAUCUAGGAAAGUCCAUUAAUGUUUAUUUGCGGCCGUUGGUUGAUGAGCUAAAAGAUUUAUGGGAAAACGGUGUUCGUACAUACGAUAAGUAUACUGGGCAGAUGUUCACCAUGCGAGCGGCAGUGAUGUGGACAGUAAACGAUUUUCCCGCCUAUGCAAUGGUUUCUGGGUGGAUGACUAAGGGUUAUUUGGCAUGUCCAAUAUGCAAGGAGAACGUAACAUCGUCUUGGCAUGCGAGAAAAGUUUGUUAUCUUGGUCAUCGUAGAUGGCUCCCUUGGGACAACGAGUGGCGUCAUAACGAUAAAGCCUUCCAUGGCACAAAAGAGACUCGGCUAAGACCAAGAGAAUGGUCCGGAGAUGAGAUUUUGGAUCAGUUAAAUAGUUUGGAAUUUGGUCAUUUCGGCAAAGGGGUCAGUCAGCCCAGACCAACUACACAUCUAAACUGGACGCACAAGAACAUUGAAGGAAAAACGAAGGACACGAUUGAAGCUCGCCUCGAUUUGGAACGAAUGGGCAUUAGGUCAUCCAUGUGGAUGCAGAGUGUCGGUGGUACAAUGAAGAAAGGCCAUCCUUUUUUUACAGUUAAGCCAAAUGGGAAGAAAGAGUUUUUCAACUUUAUUUCUUCUGUAAAGUUUCCAGAUGGGUAUGCUUCCAAUAUCUCGCGUUGUGUGAAUGUGAAGGGGUGUAAAUUUUCAAACAUAAAGAGUCAUGAUUGUCAUGUGAUACUCCAACGCCUUCUUCCGGAAGACAUUGUGAACGUCUUAUGCAAAUUUGAACAGAUAUUUCCCCCAGCUUUCUUUACAAGUAUGAUUCACGUGAUGAUUCACUUGCCAGAUGAGGCAUUGCUUGCCGGACCAGUGAACUGUCGAUGGAUGUAUCCAAUAGAAAGAUAUAUUGGUGAAUUGAAAAAGUGUGUCCGAAACAAGGCAAAGCCCGAAGGAUCACUGGUGGAGGCAUGGGUCGCAUAUGAGUCACUUACUUUUUGUGCAAUGUAUCUUCAAGAUGUUGAGACAACUUUCAAUCGUCCUCAACGCAAUAAUGACGGUGGUGUCAGAAAAGAGAAACUGUCUGUUUUUGCCCAAAUUUCGCGACCAUUCGGCGAUCCUGUAAAAGGCGAAUCGUUUACCAAAAAUGACAUGGAGGUAGCGCAUUGGUUCAUACUCAACAAUUGUCACGAGGCUUUGCCAUACCUUGAAGAGCAUGAACGGUUGAUGAAGCGGGAACAUCCUUCACAUUUAUAUGCGAAGAAGCAUCGUGAUUUGUUUCCUUCGUGGUUUCACGCACAUAUGAACAAAUUGAAGGAAUUGAAUUCACCCUCUUACGAUGAAGAAUUAUAUAACUUGGCGAGAGGACCACUUCAUGUUGAAUUGUUCUCGGGUUGUCAUGUAAAUGGGAUCAAGUUCUUAGGGGCAACACGUGAUGACAAGUUGUCUACUCAAAAUAGUGGUGUCCAUGUCCCAGGUGCUGGCGACAGUGAAGACAUUGAUUUCUAUGGCAAACUAACUUGUGUAGUACAAUUGCUUUACAAAGACAGGUGUCAAGUGAUACUGUUUAAGUGUCUUUGGUUUGAUACAAACCCACAUAACCGAACGAGUGUUAAGCAAGAUCAUGGUUUACUAUCAGUAAACACUACGAGACAUUGGUACGAUGAAGACCCAUACAUUUUGGCAACUAUGGCGAAACAAAUAUUCUAUCUAGACGACCCUAAAGCCGGCAAUGGUUGGAAAGUUGUUCAGAAGAUUGAUCGAAGAGGGCUAUAUGAUAUUCCGGAACUAGAUCAUGAUGAUGAGAACGACGACAAUGUCGCUGACCAACAGUUAUCAUCUUCGAUAGAAAUUGGUGAAGAAACACUUCGGGAUACUAAUAUUGUCCAAGAACCGUUUGACGUACCUGGAGUUCCCGAAUUCGAAAUAUCAAUUGACCUUGGUGAUCUACCUCAAUACAAUGCAGCGGAAAAGGCAAACGAAGAUGAGGACGAAUGGGAAUCCGGAAAUGGUAGUAGUGAUGAUAGUGAGAGUUAUUAUUGUAGUUCGGAUGAGGAUUAA